AUGAUAGCAGGUGUUUACCAGAUUCCGGACAUUACUCCAACGUUGUUAAUAGAUCUCCUUAAUGAACUAGGAGAUUUUAACAGAAAAGUUGCUAUUACUAUCAAAAAUCUUUCGUCGCAAAUAACUUUUGAGAAACCUGAAGUUUAUAUUGAUUCUGGAACAUCUAAUUAUGGGCUUCCUAUGAAUGAACUAUCAAGUAAUAAAGGGUUGGUUUGGGGUGCUCGUAAGACUUCUGGUUUUAUUGGAGGAACCGUAGGAGUUCUUGUGUACCAGCUCAAAGAACGUAAUGAAUCUUUGGUCUUUAUGUGGAGCGUUCCAUAUAACUACGUCUUUUACUCAAAUUGGUGGAAUAUUAAAGUUUUUAAAGGUCGUGUCAGAGCUAACCAAGCAUUAUACGACAGGAUGUAUCAUGACCUCCCGCAUGAAGGAGAUAAUAACAUUUAUCGCGGAAUUCUAAAUUCUGACCUUUUAUACUCGGGAUCAAUGGGAAACUCUGGAACCCCUACCAUUGAAGUUGAGAUUUUAAAUUAUACAACUACAAUAACUUCUUCCGCUUCUGUUAGCGAGAAACGAAAUUAUUAA